ACCAGAAACAACGUUCAGCGAAAACAAUCUGUGACGUGUGUGAUUUUCGAGAAUGAAUGUUCUUUUUUACGCCAAUGAAGGUGCAUAGCCCUCCAACGAGCUCAUUUUACGUUUUUCAUUCCUGAAUUUUCAACUCUGUUCGCAAACCCAUUUUUGCCAAGAUGACGAGCACCUGUCCGUGGGGCGUUCCGGCGACGGAGCCAACGAAGCCGCAGCCGAGUAUGCAGGAUCUGAUGGACGAGGCGUUGGCUCUCAGUCUCUACGAGGAGGAGGUCAACGCGUUGCAGCGAGAGAUCAAUCCGGAAUAUCAGAGCAGCGUCUUCACCAACCUGCAACGCAACAAGGAGCGUCGUGAACAGGACCGCAACAAGGAACUACUGAACGCCGACAGCUUCGAGUUUGCCGUUGAGGCCUCGGGUGAGAGCGCAGUCGCUCCCUCCGUGCUGACGCGUACACCUGCUGCUGCCGCGGGCGCCGCAGCACUGGCACGUGCCCGUGUGAACGGCUCCUUGUCGAUGGAGGACGCCGCGCACGGAGCUGGAAGUGGUAAGGGCUUCACGUCACUCCGGGAGAGUCAAAGACGCCAACAUAAGAGCGAGAAGAAGGGAUUUGGUGCCGGACGCGUGGAAUCCGAGUCGCACGCCACGACGGACGGCGUCAUGGACGAACGCACCACUUUGAUCCUGCAGAAAAUGAUCAACCGAGGAGAACUGGACGAGGUCCACGGUUGCGUGCAGAGUGGCAAAGAGGCACAUGUGUACUUUGCCAUGGGCACAGAUGAAGCCACGAUGCGACCGGUACAACUGGCCGUCAAGAUCUUCCGCACCACGUUGAACGAGUUCGGCAACCGCCACGAGUACGUGACGGGGGAUCGUCGCUUCGAUCUCAACUUCCAGAAGAAAGAUCUGCGUCGACAGAUCAAAGCCUGGACAGACAAGGAGUUCCGUAAUCUGUGUCGUGCUGCCAAGUGUAACAUCCGAGCUCCAGCUCCGAUUGUGUGCAAGGAGCAUGUGCUGGUCAUGCAGUUUGUGGGAGCCGAUGGAUGGCCUGAGCCAACGUUGAAGGAUGUGCAGGCGGACUUAUCGCCUAAGCAACAAGCCCGUGCAUAUGCUGACGUCCUGCAGGCCACGCGAGCUCUGUUUCAACGCGCGCACUUGGUUCACGGCGACUUGAGUGAGUACAACAUCCUGUUCGCACACCGCGAGAAGCGCAUUUGGCUCAUUGAUUUCGGACAGGCCGUUGACCGUUCACACCCGGAUACGGAGAAAUUGCUACGACGAGAUCUGCACACGAUCAACCGGUUUUUCCAGCGUGGAGAUCUGCUCGAGGCUACAGCUGAUGAAGUUGGUCUUCUGUCCGAUGACAAGGCGUACGAGUAUGUUGUCAGUGAGACGCCGAAGGAUGUCGUGGCAGUCUUCCCGAUACUGGCAGCACUGUUGGAAGAGAUGACUGAUGAGCCUGAAGAGGAGGAAGAGGCUGAGGAGCAGGAAACAGUGCAGAAGGACCGUUGUACUGCUAAUGAGGCUCAGACUAUUCCGGAAGCGCAGAGUUCAGAGGCUACACAAUCAGAUAGUUUGCUGGAACUGUCGAAGAGCGAGUGCGAUGCACUAUGACUCAGCAUUUUGUCUGCAGAUUGUGCCCUACAGCUAUCUUAACAUGAGGAAUAAAUGAUGAACAGCACUUUAAUUGCAUUUCCGACACAAUACCGGCGCUUUCCACCCUAUCAGCCGAAUGUCUCCUUUGAAAUAAAAAAGGAUGCGAAAAAGUAGAAUGUUUGAGAUGUCUAUUAUUCGUGGUAGUUAACAAUAGGGACAUUUUAUUUCAUGUAUUCUUGAAGUUUGCA